AUGGAGGCCAUUCAGCAGGACACAGCAGAGGUGACCAAUAAGGGUGGCCAGCAUAGCAGGAUCAGAGGGGUGGACUGGUGCCCAUCACUGCUCCUCUCCCUGGCCCUGGCAGUGCAGCAUGUGUUUGUGCAGUGUGCGUUGCCAGUGCUGCUGCUGGGGAUCCUCCAGUGCCAUAUGCGUGUGCCAUGGUCGCAGGGGGAGUGGGCGCAGCACCUGGCAACCCUGCUCUUCUCCUCGGCAGCAUCCACCCUCCUCCACACCUGGAUAGGCACCUGCAUGCCGUUGGUGCAGGCUCCCUCUCUUGAGUUUCUGGGCCCUGCAGUGGUCCUGCUCUCCACUAACACUGGCAACACAGGAGACUGUUGGGAUGCAGAGGCUGAGGGCUGCGGUGAGCAGAGCAGAGCACUGAGAGAGCUGCAGGGCAUGGUGCUGGUGGCGGGGCUGCUGCAGGUGUGUGUGGGUGUGUGUGGGUUGGGAGGUGUGUGUGUGCUGCGCUGUGGGCCUCUGGUCCUGGCCCCUGUGGUGUGUGUGCUGGGCCUCUCCAUGUAUCGAGACGCAGCGCUACUCUGCUCCGAUCACUGGGGCUUCGCAGCACUGGCUGUACUCUUGAUGGUGAUUCUCUCUCAGCACCUGCGUUCCCUCUUGCAUGUGUGUGUGGUGUGUGUGUGUGCGUAGGUGCUGGUCCCUGGGGUGAUAGUGUGGUGUGUGUCUGGUGCCUUGGCAACCACGGGACAUGUGAGACUUUACACACUCUCCGAGUUGCUGCCUGAACUGCAAGUUCAAAACAACACCGCAACCACACUCCUCCUGAACGACCCCGUCACACACCUCCUAAACGUCACACACACUCUCUGGGACAACAGCUCAGGACUGGAGCUAACACCCUCUGGCAUGUCUGUUUCCCUUCCCUGGGUCAGCCUCCCGCAUACAGGAGUUGGGCGCCCCCUUGUGUCUGUCCGUGCGGCUGCAGCGGGUGCAGUGGCUGCGUUAGCCUCCUGCAGUAGCUCUAUUGCGGUGUACUGCCUGAGCUCCCGGCUAAUGGAGGGCCCCCAGCCCCCCGUACACGCCUGCAACCGGGGCCUGUUCACCGAGGGCCUGGGGACCCUCGCCGCCGCACUACUGGGGUCGCCACUAGGGGUCGCUAGCAGUGUGGCCAACGCCUGCACCAUCCAGCUAAGCCAGUGUGGCUCCAGGAGGACUGUUCAACUGGCAGCCAUCUUGGGAAUGCUGUUGGGAUUGUCCCCUAGACUAACAGCCGCGUUCCUCUCCGCCAUUCCACUGGCCGUUUACGGUGCCAUUCUGUGGGUGACCUACGCUGUUUCCACGGGAACAGGAGUGACGUAUUUCCAGUUCGGCCACAUGGACUCUGGAAGGAACAUUUUCAACACGGGCUUCACCAUAUUCAUGGCCCUCGUCCUCCCACGCUGGUUUCGUCUACAGCCUGAUGUUAUACUCACAGGUUCCUUGAGCGGUGACGUGUUGAUGCUGUCUGUCAUGGCUUCCCCCGUCCUCAUCAUCUUCUCCUUAGCUUUCCUACUGGAGAACACUGUCUCUGGUACUCUUUCAGAGAUGGGGCUGACCAGGGCAGAAGGGGCGAAGGGAAAGGCGAUGGUGGUGAUGGCUGAUAGCAGGCAGUACUGUUGCCAGGCGACGGCGGCCAUGUUUGAGCCUCCAAGGGUGGUCAGGCGACUCCAGGCACUGCCCUACCUGAGGGUCGUCCCUUUCUAUGCCUGCAGGAUCCCGGAAGGACCCCGGAAGGAAGCUGACACGCCCACAUAUGAAAUGGCAAAUUUACUGACUGUGUGA